CGGCGGUGCCUGUGAUAGUGUCUCCUAUCUCGCACCCCGACGCUUGUACCUUCCUCAGCGUGUUGGAUUCAAGACUGCCGCUUCUGCCCGCUCAAAAUUGCAGGAAGGUCCAAGGUGAAAACGGCGAUCCUUCACCCACUGUUUGGCAUGACUUUGGCAUAUUCUGGGGCAAACAGUGGUCCUCGUGGCAGUUGAGUUCAGGGCCACUGCUGAUAGUAUGCACAGGUCAAAGCGAUGACUAUCAUUCCGGGGUAACCUGUUGCUUCCUUAUAUCUGUAUAAAUGCCCGUACGAAUAUCCAAUUGAGUCUCCACUUCUCAGUCCGUAUAUUCUCUCUAUACUCGUGGUAGUCACAGCACAUCUUCAACAUGGCAUCGUUUGCUGCUGCUCCUCCAAACACACACGCAGGUGGAGACGAUGAAGCCCUCCGAACACAUGGAACGAUACCGAUGAAUGACACAACCGUCUACGCCGAUGAAAGAGUCAACAUGGAAGAAUACAAGAACGCUGUUCCCUGGUGGAAGCGGGUGUACCAAGACAGUUUCACACAGAUGAUGCUCCUGUCUAUGCAAAGUUUCUGCGGUCCGGCCAUGGCAGAUGCCAUUGCUGGUCUCGGUGGUGGUGGUCUUGCCUCAGCCCAAACAAAUAACAUCGCCAAUGCAAUUAACUACGUUAUGCUAGCCUUGGUCUGCUUCCUUGGUGGUCCUCUUGUGAACAAGCUGGGAGUAAAAUGGUCGUUGGUCAUCGGAGCCAUGUCGUUCCCAAUCCAAGGUUCAUCAUACUACUGCAACAGCAAGUUUGGAAACCAAUGGUAUAUCAUCUUCGGUGGCUUCGUCUCUGGUAUUGGCACGGGAUGCUGGUAUGUUGCUGAAUCUGGAACCAUCAUGAGUCUUGCUCCUUCAGGUGCUCGUGGCAAGUAUCUUGCCUUCUGGAUCGUGGCUCGUAACCUCGGUCAACUGGUCGGCGGUGCUAUCAACUUGUCGAAGAACCAUCUUAAGGGUGCUGACGCUGGCGUCACCCCUGACACAUAUAUUGCUUUCCUGAUCAUCGAAUGUCUUGCACUGCCGUUCGCUCUCAUGAUUUCUCCUCUCGAGAGAGUCGUCCGAUCAGAUGGUACACGUAUUCUAGUCUCUGAGAGGAUUGGAACCAAGCAGGAGUUCAAACUCAUCAAGACUACCAUGACUUCCAGCUUAAUCGUGCUCUCUGCCUUCUGGGCCAUGUGGAGUUUCUUCUACUCCGGCACUUGGAGCACCUAUCUCGGAAUCUACUUCUCUGUGCGUGCUCGCGCUCUGUCAUCCCUGAUCUCACCAUUUUUCUGCAUUGUCGGAUGCUUCGGUCUCGGCUUCAUCCUCGACAUGAAAUCCCUCAGCCAACGCCAACGCGCCCGCGUCGGCCUCUUCGUCGUCGUAAUACUAAACCUCGGCGUCUACAUCUGGUCCAUCAUCAUGCAAGUAAGAUUCAACGCCAACGACCCCGGUCGCAUCGAUUGGGACGAUUCCCUCUACCCUACCUCUUUCCUGCCCUAUUUCUUCGUCCAAACCACUGGACCUUUGUCUCAAUCAUAUAUGUACUGGUUACUGUCUUCCUUCGCAACUGAUGCCCAAGCGAAUGUGCGCAAUGGAGCUGCAUUCAGAUGUCUGGAAGCCAUUGGACAGGCUAUCAGCUAUGGUAUGAACACGCAGACGGAAGCUAGUCCUUUGAUUGGCUUCUGUGUUAGUUUCGGGCUCAUGGCUUUGGCUACGGCGCCGAUGAUCAUGUUGACUAACAAGACGCCGGAUCGUAUUCCUGCUGAUGUUAUUCUGGAGGGACAGGAGGCGCUGGAUGCCAAGAUUGCUGAUGAGUCUGAGGUUGUUACUGGAAAGGUGGACCAGAAAAUUUAGGUGGAUGGACCAUCUAGCAGUACUGUUUGGUCUGAUAGACUGUGCAUGAUUAAUAAGAGUUGAAAUCUGAGAUACCUACACAAUGCGAGUCGUAACAC